AUGUCUGAGGGAAAACAGCGAACUUUGUCCACUUCUGGAGAGUCUCUGUACCAGAUCCUGGGCCUGGAGAAAGGCUGUAGCCAUGAGGAAAUCAAGAAGUCCUACAGGAAGCUGGCGCUGCGGUACCAUCCUGACAAAAACCCCGACAACCCGGAGGCAGCGGAGAAGUUCAAGGAACUGAACAGCGCCCACGCCGUCCUGUCCGACCUCACCAAGAGGAACAUCUACGACUCGUAUGGAUCGCUGGGACUCUACGUGGCCCAGCAGUUCGGAGAGGACAACGUCAACACUUACUUCAUGCUGUCCACCUGGUGGGCCAAGGGUCUGUUCCUGGUCUGCGGGGUCCUGACCGGGUGCUACUGCUGCUGCUGCCUCUGCUGCUGCUGCAACUGCUGCUGCGGGAAGCUCAAGCCGAUGCCCACCGGCGAGGGGGCGGAGCCAGACUACGUGUCCCCAGACGACCUGGAGGAGGAAAUACGUAAUGACACUGAUGAUGUUGAAGCUCCGAUCAUCCAGCAGCCGACUAACGCCAGUGAGAAGACACAGCUGAUCACCGAUGGACACCGCAGAUAUGGAGACACCUACACAUGA